UUUAAAAAUUAUUCCAAUUCCGUAAUUUUCUUCCGUCGUCUCUCCCAAUUUCUCCCUCUGUAAUCCCUUCUUCUCAAAUUUUCCGACGAAACUCGCCGACCUACAAUCACUACCGACGCCUCCGCUCCCGUUUCCACCCCUUUCGCUCGUUCGGUAUAAUUAAAUCACAAUUUCUCCCGUUUCCACCCCAGCUGCCUUGGUGGAGUUGUGAAGCCCUAAUUCUAUCUGUUCAUCAGUGUCAUGGAGCACGGUUCAUAUCAGGAUCAAUCGCAAGCAACAUUCACAUUGACAGAUGAGGACCAUACUCUAGCAAACUCAAUUAGAUAUAUUCUUAAUCAAGACCCCAGAGUAUCAUUUGUCGGUUACAGCAUACCACACCCUUCUGAUGCUCGGGUGAACAUAAGAGUGCAAACUACUGGUGACCCAGCACGCGAGGUGUUGAAAGAUUCGUGUGAGGAUCUAAUGCUUCUAUGCAAGCAUGUUACGAACACCUUUGAUCAGGCUGUUGCGGAGUUCAAGAGUAGGCCAAAAAAGCCAGUCACAGAAUCCAUGGAUACUUCACCUUAAUACAUAGAGUGAUCUUUUAAGCAGAUUUUUCUGUCUUUUAUUUAUGUUGUUUUCAGUUGCUACCUUUUGUGAUUAUUUCCAACUCUUCAAUUUAGGAGGAGGUCAUUUUCGGCAAACAGAUUUUAAUUGAUCCAGUAUUUUAGAACCAUUGCAAAGUUGCAUUCGAUUAUUUUGUGGUUGAAGUUGUAGUAACAAAUAACAAAAUCAUUAUUUGAGUAAUAUUUGUUUUUUAAUUUA